ACUGUUUAAUUAGUGAAGGAGGACUACACUUUGCAGGCAGUAUUUGGAGUUUGUUUGUGGUGGAGGCAGGUCUGUGCCUGUUUAGAUCCGAUACCAGGGCUUGGAUGUAUCUUGUUUACAUAAGAGUCCCAUGUGAGCGAGAAUUUCUUGGCUGCCUUCAGCAGCUUCCUGUUUGACUGGAUGAUCUCCUGAUGGAACCCCCUUCAUAUGAGGAGGCCCGUCUCCACCCUCCGGCUCAGGGCACACAAGCAUUCAACAUCCUUCCUCCCCCCUCCUACGACGCCUCCUUCCCCUCCCCCUCAACACCUCCCCCCACCUAUGGAGAAGCAGUUACAAUCCAGCCAGAUCCUUUUCCUGUCCUGACUCCACCCAGGGUGCAAACCGCUGUGACAUCACCUUCACACAACACUGGACUCAUAAUCCAUCCACCUACACAAAUCGGUGUAACAGCGUCUGUCAGCAGCAGACAGACUCAGCCGGUGGUGGUGACCCAGCCGCAGCCUGUUCCCAUCUCACCGCCGUAUCUGAGAGACGUCCCCGGUGUGGUCUGCUGCCCACACUGCCACCACGUUGUCACCACUAAAGUCACGUACCUGCCUGGGAGGGCGGCCUGGUGCAUGUGUGUGCUUCUCACUGUGAUGGGGUUGGUCUGUGGUUUCUGUCUGAUCCCCUUCAUGGUACGUGGCCUACAAGACGCACAUCAUUCCUGCCCUCAGUGCGGAAACCACCUGCACAUAUACACGAGAUGACACGGCUAGGGAAGCAAGAGUGUGUUUAGGUGGUGUGUGAUCUAAAGUUGUUACUGUAAAUAAUGAACAAGAGGAGCGGCUCAUGCUGCAGGAGAAGUUUUUGCAGUUUUCCCCGUUUGAAAACUUCUUUUCAGUUGAAUUUUCAGAAAAUUCAAAUUUUCAAUCUUUGAUAUGAUCUUUUGGACCGUAUUCCAUCUUUGACAGUUCAGAUGUUUGGGUUGGGAUGUUUUACACAUUUCUGAACAUUUUAAAGCAUUCUCCACGAGCAGACAGGCAUUUCUAAUGCACAGAGGGAAACCAGGCAAAAACACGUUUCGCACUUUUGACCCUUUGUGUGAAUGUAUUUUUUGGGCUUUUAAUUAAAAUGAAUGAGGAGGAAAAGAAAACUGGAUCCAUCCUGACACCAUUUUGCCACGUGUGCAGGAUACAGAGUUAACAGGUGCAGACAAAAGACUACACAAAGGGCAACAGAGGACAUUUACGAUCAACGAGAUGAUGUUCAGUUUGUUUUCAUUUUGUUUUUCAUGCUUCUGACAUUUUGUUUUCUAUAUUUAAAUAAGAAAAGAACAAACUCUUUGUUAUUUCCCUUUAUCUAAUGCAGGUACAGCUAACAUUCAUGUUUGAUGAUGAGGGCGGAAACUUGUCCAGGCUUGAAUGCCAGACAUGAUUUUCUUUGUUAGAACGAACAAAGCCUGUUGAAAAACACGCAGACUUGACAUGCUUUAAUUUAUUUUUCAGCAUAAUUGAUCUUUUUAAAGGCCCUGGCACACCCACACCAGUGGCUUGAAUCAUUUUGACGGAUUACACCUUUUCUCCGGACUGUGUGGGAGUUUACAGACUGCUCUACUGACAGCCCCCUCACUCUCCUGUUAGCUUUGUUGCACCUGUUCGGACAGCAACACCUUUAUCAUACUUACUAGCACAUGUAGGACUUGGUGUAUUUCCAGUUUAUUGCACUGCCUGCUUCAGCAUGAGCACAUGAACACCUGUGUGAGUGCGCAGGGCUUUGAAGACAAAGAGGUACACAAGACAAGAACUUAUAUAAAGUCAGGAUGGUUUUUUUUUAAAUGUUUACCUUGUAAAGUUUAUUCAUAUUGGUGUAUAAUUAGACUUAUGAUCACUUGAGAGACAAAACUGUGAUUUGUAAUCUAAAAUUUAUCUGGUAAAAAAUGGUGGCUUUAUAUUAUGAAUUACUGUGAUGCAUAGUUUGGUAUAUCACUUACAUUGUGUAUAAUUCCAGACAGAGAAGCUGUCACAAACCUCGUCACAUCACAUAGAUUUAUUUUCUAUUUUUUUUGUGUUAGGCAUCUUAACGAAUCAGAUCAGAUACCAGCAGUGGUUUGAAUUGGCUAAAUGUAUUAUAUUAGUUGAAAAACUGCCAGCCACAGAGGCUUUGCAGCCAUGUUUCCAGUAGUUUGUUGACAUGUGUCUCGUUCUUUUCACCUGUGUCAUAUCGGAAAUUGCAACUCUGAGGCUUGUUUUUACACCCUGACUGCUUGUAUGUACCGUCCAAUAAUCUCUGGUUUUUACAUGAGAUUUACACCAGGUUUUUGUAUAAGAUAUAAUGUGUUAAUAAGUGAGAUUUAGAGAUGUUUUGUAUACAAAGGCAGGCUUUGACAGAGCCAGGCUAUUUGUUUCAUUGUAUUAUAUUCUAUAUGCUAAUUCUAUAUGCUAAGCUAACCAUCUCCUAUCUACAUCUACCAAGCAGACACUGUGUGAGAGCAUGGUGUCAAUCUUCUCAUCUAACCCUCUGCACGAAAGCAAAUACGUGUGUUUUAAAAAAGCUGAACUAGUGACGUGUACUCGAUAUGUACUGUGAUUCAGAGCUGCUGUGAAUACCAGGGACAGAAAACAGGGUGAAGGUUGAAGGAUGUGUGCAGCGUCUGUGCUGUUGAGUCUCUGCACUCCGAGACAAUGACUGAUUAACGCACCUGCUUUACCUGUCGCCGUUGUGGCGCUCAGUAUCAAAGCCAACUUGGACAUCCUCUUUUUAAAUCACAAUGUUGUCAUGUUAUAAUUUAUCAUUCUAUCAUGUUGAUAGAGAAACAAAAAUGGAAUUAAAACGCAUAAAGAUGUAAAA